AUGUCCAAAUCCCUCAACCACGCCAAAAUCAUCGCCCGGCGCUCCGCCGACCGCGGCUACGCCGAACACGGCGGCUGGCUCAAGUCCUUCCACACAUUCAGCUUCGCCAGCUACUACGACCACCACUUCACGAACUUCGGCAGCCUGCGCGUGCUGAAUGAAGACCGCGUCGCAGCCAAAAACGGCUUCCCCACACACCCGCACCGCGAUGCGGAGAUCUUUAGCUAUAUCUUGAAUGGCGAGCUGACGCAUCGGGACAGUAUGGUGCAGCGGGGCGCAGAAUCUGAGCAGGGGAAGUCAUUCUACAGAAUGAAGAGGGGCGAUGUGCAGUUCACGACUGGGGGCACGGGGAUUGCGCACUCCGAGCAGAACGAGUCGAACAAACCCGUUCAUUUCCUGCAGAUCUGGGCGUUGCCGUGGAAGCAUGGGCUGAAGCCGAAUUAUCAUACGCGGACGUUUGAUGAAGCGGCGAAGAGGAAGGCGUUUGUGCCUAUUCUGUCCCCGCUGAAGGCUGGGCCUGAGGCGAGUCCGACGGAGGAAGAGGAGGCUGCUCCGAGUAUCCCGGAGACGAUUCCCAUUCAUGCGGACUUUGUGAUGGGGGCUGGGAUUAUUGCGCCGCAGGGGCGGUUUGAGUGGACCGUUGGUGCUGGGAAUGAGGUUGUGUCUAAGAAGAAGAAGCGCAAUGUUUAUGUGCAUCUGCCUAUGACGAAGGGUGGAAAGGCGAGCAUCCGUCUGGAUUGGAGAGAGGAUGCUGUACUCGAGGAGGGAGAUGGAGCUUUCAUCACAGGUGUUAAUGCGGGCGAUAUACUCGGCGUGGAGAGUGUUGGUGAAGCAGAGGCAGAGGUUGUUGUAUUAGACAGUGAUUAA